ACGGGGAGGGUGCUAGGAGGAGAGGGCGGGAAAAGAGGGCUCUCUCCUCUUCCAAUCCUCUGAUCUUCCUGCUGUUGGGAGGUGUAGAUUCAUUGUGCCCCAGCCCACGCCCCUCCACCUCCGAGCGGGUUCUGUGCCCAGGUGGCGCUGGAGAAAGGAACAGCGGACCCCGCCCAAGUCAUUACUAAUGUAGCAAUCAUCUGCAUAAACCCAGGCCACGGUUCCUAUUGGCUGAGUCUGCUGGGGGUGACGUCAUCGGGACGUACUAAGACUAGGGUUGGGCCGAGAGUCGGAGCCAUUACUGCAGGAAAAGGUCCCGCAGAGCUGAGCAGUCAAGAUGUGUGACUUCACCGAAGACCAGACCGCAGAGUUCAAGGAGGCCUUCCAGCUGUUUGACCGAACAGGUGAUGGCAAGAUCCUGUACAGCCAGUGUGGGGAUGUGAUGAGGGCCCUGGGCCAGAACCCUACCAACGCCGAGGUGCUCAAGGUCCUGGGGAACCCCAAGAGUGAUGAGAUGAAUGUGAAGGUGCUGGACUUUGAGCACUUUCUGCCCAUGCUGCAGACAGUGGCCAAGAACAAGGACCAGGGCACCUAUGAGGAUUAUGUCGAAGGACUUCGGGUGUUUGACAAGGAAGGAAAUGGCACCGUCAUGGGUGCUGAAAUCCGGCAUGUUCUUGUCACACUGGGUGAGAAGAUGACAGAGGAAGAAGUAGAGAUGCUGGUGGCAGGGCAUGAGGACAGCAAUGGUUGUAUCAACUAUGAAGAGCUCGUCCGCAUGGUGCUGAAUGGCUGAGGACCUUCCCAGUCUCCCCAGAGUCCGUGCCUUUCCCUGUGUGAAUUUUGUAUCUAGCCUAAAGUUUCCCUAGGCUUUCUUGUCUCAGCAACUUUCCAUCUCGUCUCUCUUGGAUGAUGUUUGCCGUCAGCAUUCACCAAAUAAACUUGCUCUCUGGGC